UUUUCCAGUUGCUCAAUUAUUUCUAUAAUAAAUAAAAUAUUUUAAUUAUUUCAGCUUUCUCCUGUAUUUCGCCGUUCAUCACCGUUCAUAUGAAAGAGUUAGGACUGACUAUAAAGGAAACAACAAUAAUUUAUUCUUUGAUACCUAUAUCUCAGUUUUUGAUACCUCCAGCUGUAGGACGUUUCGUUGAUAAACUGGGCAAAUACAGAAACGUUCUUUUGUUUUCAUUAAUAAUGGUAUUUUUAUUGACUAUCGGAAUGUUGUACGUUCCUGCCGUAUCAAACGCUGAGUACCAAGAACAAUCAUUAAUAAAAGAUUUAUGUAAUGAUGAAAAUAUCACUAGAGGUUGCAAAUGUAUUUUAGCAAAUAACAGCACAGAAAAUUUAAUGGACAUACCAUCAUGGUACUUUACCUGUAAUACGGAAAUAUUGCCCAUUAAUAACACUUUACAUGCCAUAAGUAAUAUAACGAAUAGUCUGGUUUCCAGAGAAUGUGGAUAUAAUAAAACUUUGAUUAUGACAACUAUGCCGUCCAACUGCAGUAAUACAUGCAAGGGAUUCAACAAAACUGCUAUUUCUUCUGAAGACAUGAGAGAAGAUUUAUAUCUGACAUUUUGUUUGUUUGCUACAUUACGUAUUGCAUUCGAAGUUUUCGUAAAUAUUGCGUUUGGUCUUGUGAAUGCUUCUGCAGUGGCUCUUACUGAAAAUGAUGUAAAGGCAGGCGAAUUCGGAAAACAGAGGUUUUGGGCGAUGUUUGCCAUGGCAAUAUUCUCACCGCUUGCUGGAAUACUAAUAGACAUAAUCAGUCCUGAAAGUGGGGUAACCAGCUAUGCUCCUGCAUUUCAUAUUCACAAUGGUUUGAUAUUCGUAGCAACUAUAGCGGCCUGGUUCGUGGAUUUCGAAAUGGAAGACAGGCCUCCAAGCUGCAUCGAAACUUUCAAGAAUGCUUGGAAACUGAUAAAAUUACCUUCCGUACUUUUUUUCCUCUUAGCAUUAUUUUGGUUAGGAACAGCGUGGGGAUUCUUGGAAACAUUUUUAUUCUUAUUUUUAAAAGAGCUAGGAACUCCGGCUUACAUGCUAGGCCUAACCAUUACUGUUGGAUCUCUUUCAAGUCUGCCAUUCAUUUACUAUUCAAAAUGUUUCGUAUCUAAGUUUGGAUAUGCGAAUUUAAUGUCCCUGGCAGUUUUCGUGUACUUAAUACGUUGUGUAGGAUGUUCGUAUCUCGUUAAUCCUUGGUGGGUCAUGCCUUAUGAAGCUAUGGAAAUUUUUACUUAUCAUCUGAUGUGGGUUACGGCCGUAACAUACACUGCUCAUAUUUGCCCACCUGGACUUUUAACUACUACUCAAGGUUUUAUUGAUGGUCUUCAUUUUGGAGUCGGUAAAUAUGUCUAUUAAAUUAUUACU